AUGGCUGAUCGUAAGUUUUUGACUAGCAUGAAAAAGACAUUCUUUCAUGAAUUCAUCCCAUCGAAAGUUGAAGAAGUAUGUCAAGUUAACAACGCAUCAUGGGUAAUUAUUCGAGAACUAGUAGAGAUAAGGGACAUAUACUCUGCCCCAACAAUCGAUCUGGAAGAUCCGUGGCAGAUUAAGAAAAAAAUUAUCCAUAAUGAAAUCAUUUUAGGAAAGUUGGUGAUUUCAUUUCUCGAGAUGUUUGAGUAUAUUCUUCGACACUGGAAGUUAGACAUGGCCAAAAGUUUGACGAACGGGUACGAGGUGUGUGUUAAUAUUUGGGAUAUAACUGAGGAGAAUGACCCUAAGAAGUAUGAAGGUGAAAGUGUCUGCUUUAGGAAGUUGUACAAUGAUCAUGAGUAUUCUCUAUCGUGCAUGAGACUGUUCAAUGAUCGCAGAUUGAAUGUUGGUGAUGAAAUUGCAUUAUAUUGGGAUCCUAGGUCUUCAAGUGUAAUGUUCAAAUUACUUUCUCAAAUUUACGCUUAA